AACAAUCGGGGUUUUUUUAUUAUCGGUGAAACGGCGACGCGAAGUUGAGUUCACGUGUCGAAACCGUCGCAGUAGAAGUUUAAAAAAAAAAGAAAAAAGAAAAAAAGAUGCCGUUCCACUCCGGGCGUGACGUCACGUCCGGGGAUCGCGCCCAUCCCUUUGGAAGAAAAUAAGUUGAGGAAGAAAAGUGACGGAGAUGCAGAAGUAAAAGUGGAAUAUUGGUUGGCUCACCAGGACAAGAUCACACCGACAAGUCAGUCACAAUCAUGCCACUCCACAAAUCCUCAAGCCGGGCGUCCCGCUUGGACCCCACCAUGAUCUCGGCCCCGCUGGGCGACUUCCGCCACACCAUGCACAUCGGCAGAGGCGGCGACGCCUUCGGGGACACCUCCUUCCUGUCCACGCUGGGCCCCAGCCCGCCCACCUCCGACCCGGCGCCCGCAGACCACGAGCCCUUCUACCAAGACCCGCCAACGAGCGAGGACCCCGAGUACUGCGAGUCGGCGUCGUCCUUCGCCUUGGACUUGGAUCUGGACCUGGGUCCUUCCAUGCUGGGGGACGUGCUGGGCGUGAUGGACGGACUGGGCCUGGACACGUUCCGGCCUGAAGGCGACCCGGCGUCUCCCGUCAAACCCCAGCACCACAGUCUGCCCAACGGGACCGGCGAGAAGCAGACGGGCGACGGCGGGAUCAAAGCCAAGCGACCCAAAGUCAGAUUCAGUGACAAGCGGGACGAGAUCAUACGCCGGCCCUCCGAGGAGGACCAGGGUCAGGACUUCCAGGACCAGGAGCCCGUGGAGAGUCCCAGUCCCCCUGAGGAGGCUCCGCCCAGCCCCGCCACGUCUCACGGCUCCGACUGCGACGCGCUGGACAGGAGGAGGCCAAGGAACGGCCAAUCAGAGACGGACUCAGAGGACGAGGAGGAAGGGGGGCGGGGCUACACCUUCGAAGACGAGUUCGACGACGAGAUCGGCCUAUAGGAGGCCGGGGCCACGUUUUGGAAACGGUCAUGUGACGCGACUCUGGAAGCGGGAAGAAAAUCUUUUUAUCUGACAAAUACGCCAAAGACCCCAUGAUGUUGUUGACAUGUUAUUAUCUCUAUCAUUUAUUUGUGGCGGCCCCGCAGGAACGAUGCUGGAGCGCCACAAGUACAUGUGGUGCGUUCGCCCUGGCUCAUAAAGACAUUUUAACGCACUUUCUCUGCCAGAGCAUGAGACAAAAUAUGGGACCGUUUAUGUUGACAUGUUAUCUCAAUCAUUUAUUUGUGGCGGCCCCCCCAGAAACGAUGCUGGAGCACCACAAGUACAUGUGGUGUGUUCGCCCUGGCUCAUAAAGACAUGUUAAUGCACCUGCUCUGCCAGAGCAUGACACAAAAUAUGGGACCGUUUAUGUUGACAUGUUAUCUCAAUCAUUUAUUUGUGGCAGCCAUGCAGGAACGAUGCUGGAGCACCACAAGUACAUGUGGUGUGUUCGCCCUGGCUCAUAAAGACAUUUUAACACACCUGCUCUGCCAGAGCAUAGGAUGGGAUCGUUUAUGUUGACACGUUCUUAUCUCAAUCAUUUAUUUGUGGAAUGUUGCUGGAGCGCCACAAAUAAAUGUGUUGUGUUCGCCCUGGCUCAUAGACAUUUUAACGCACCUACGCUGCCAGAGCAUAAGACAAAAAAUGGGACUAUUUAUGUUGACAUUUUAUUAUCUCAAUCAUUUAUUUGUGGCGGCCCCGCAGGAACAAUGCUGGAGCGCCACAAGUACAUGUGGUGUGUUCGCCCUGGCUCAUAAAGACAUUUUAACGCACUUUCUCUGCCAGAGCAUGAGACAAAAUAUGGGACCGUUUAUGUUGACAUCCAUCCAUCCAUCCAUCCAUUUUCUACCGCUUAUUCCCUUUGGGGUCGCGGGGGGCGCUGGAGCCUAUCUCAGCUACAAUCGGGCGGACGGCGGGGUACACCCUGGACAAGUCGCCACCUCAUCGCAGUAUGUUGACAUGUUAUCUCAAUCAUUUAUUUGUGGCGCCCCCCCCCAGAAACGAUGCUGGAGCACCACAAGUACAUGUGGUGUGUUCGCCCUGGCUCAUAAAGACAUUUUAACGCACCUGCUCUGCCAGAGCAUGAGACAAAAUUUGGGACCGUUUAUGUUGACAUGUUAUCUCAAUCAUUUAUUUGUGGCGGACCUGCAGGAACGAUGCUGGAGCGCCACAAGUACAUGUGUGUUCGCCCUGGCUCAUAAAGACAUUUUAACACACCUGCUCUGCCAGAGCAUAAGAUGGGACCGUUUAUGUUGACACGUUCUUAUCUCAAUCAUUUAUUUGUGGAAUGAUGCUGGAGCGCCACAAAUAAAUGUGUUGUGUUCGCCCUGUCUCAUAAAGACAUUUUAACGCAUCUGCUCUGCCAGAGCAUAAGACAAAAAAUGGGACCGUUUAUGUUGACAUAUUAUCUCAAUCAUUUAUUUGUGGCUGCCCUGCAGGAAUGAUGCUGGAGCGCCACAAGUACAUGUGGUGUGUUCGCCCUGGCUCAUAAAGACAUGUUAACGCACCUUCUCUGCCAGAGCAUAAGACGAUGGAGAUUAUAAGAGAAAAAAAAAGCAACUUUGUAGCACACAUCGCUCCUCUCAACUGUUUUUUCCCCUUUUUGAACAUGCGUCACGGCCAAUUAUGCAGAUUCAAGCAAUUUAGCCCUCAAACUGCUAACAAAUGAGUUUUGUGAAGAACUACACACAGCUUCCAAAUACGCACACCGCGACUUCCUGUCUCGUGCAAAGUCGGUUUCAAAAUAAAAGCACAGCAGCCUUUUUUAUUUUUAUUUUCCCCUCCAAGCCACGGAAAGAAGGAUUAGAGAAGAUGAUGCACACAUGGAGGAAACGCUUUCUGAAACGAGCAGUUAGCACAUUUCAUUUUCCAGUCAACAUUUUUUUUUUAUGGAUUAAAAUAAAAAUAAAAGUCCAUUUUAAAAAAAUAGUUUUGGGCCAUCAAGGAGCUUUUUACCCCAGUUUAAAAAAUAAUUAUAAUUAGUAGAGAAAAUAUCACUUUGCAAGAAUCCACAAUCUGAUUGGUAUCGUCAUUUGACUGUCACGCACCAAACUUUAUCAGGUAGCAACAAGUGACGGCCCGGAAAGAAAAAAGUGGGAGGAGCUUUUAUGUCACUUUAUGUCACUAAAUGAGACAAAAGUUGAAGUUUGGGAUCAUUUUAGUAUUAUGGCAACUAGCAUGCUAACAUUUCAUGCUAGCUUUUUUUAGAUGAUUUUGAAUGUUUAGAGCUACAAAUCAUGGAUCUGAAUACUUGGCGCCAUCUUAAAAGUAUGCUAACAUUUAAUGCUAGCUUUUGAGCUAAUUUUGUAUGUUUAAAGCUACAAAUUAUGGAUUUGAAUACUUGGCGCCAUCUUAUAAGUAUGCUAACGUUUAUUCUACCUUUUUUUAGAUAAUUUUGUAUGUUUAAAGCGACAAGUCAAGGAUUUGUUUACUUAGCGGCAUCUUAAAAGGUAUGCUAACAUUAAAUGCUAGCUUUUUUUUUUUUAAACUAAUUUUGAAUGUUUAAAGCUACAAAUCAUGGAUUUAAAUACUUGGCGCCAUCUUAAAAGUAUGCUAACUUUUAUUCUAGCUUUUUUUUGUUUGAGAUAAUUUUGUAUGUUUAAACCUACAAGUCAAGGAUUCGAAUACUUUGCGGCAUCUUAAAAGUAUGCUAACUUUUAAUGUUAGCUUUUGAGCUAAUUUUGAAUGUUUAAACCUACAAAUCAUGGCUUUUAAUACUUGCCGCAUCUUAAAAGUAUGCUAACUUUUGAGCGAAUGUAUGUUUGAACCUACAACUCAUGGAUUCUAAUACUUUGCGCCAUCUUAAAAGUAUGCUAACUUUUGAGGUAAUUUUGAAUGUUUACACCUACAAAUCAUGGAUUUUUAAUACUUUGCGGCAUCUUAAAAGUAUGCUAACGUUUAAUGCUAGCUUUUGAGCUAAUUUUGAAUGUUUAAACAUACAAAUCGUGGCUUUUGAUACUUGGCGCCAUCUUAAAGUAUGCUAGCUUUUGAGGUAAUUUUGAAUGUUUAAACCUACAAAUCAUGGAUUUUUAAUACUUUGCGGCAUCUUAAAAGGUAUGCUAACAUUUAAUGGGAGCUUUUGAGCUAAUUUUGUAUAUUUAAACCUACAAAUCUUGGAUUUGAAAACUUGGCAUCAUCUUAAAAGUAUGCUAGCUUUUGAGCUAAUGUAUGUUUGAACCUACAAAUCAUGGAUUUUUAAUACUUUGCGGCAUCUUAAAAGUAUGCUAACGUUUAAUGCUAGCUUUUGAGCUAAUUUUGAAUGUUUAAACAUACAAAUCGUGGCUUUUGAUACUUGGCGCCAUCUUAAAGUAUGCUAGCUUUUGAGGUAAUUUUGAAUGUUUAAACCUACAAAUCAUGGAUUUUUAAUACUUUGCGGCAUCUUAAAAGGUAUGCUAACAUUUAAUGGGAGCUUUUGAGCUAAUUUUGUAUAUUUAAACCUACAAAUCUUGGAUUUGAAAACUUGGCAUCAUCUUAAAAGUAUGCUAGCUUUUGAGCUAAUGUAUGUUUAAACAUACAAAUCAUGGCUUUUGAUACUUGGCGCCAUCUUAAAGUAUGCUAGCUUUUGAGGUAAUUUUGAAUGUUUAAACCUACAAAACCAUGGAUUUUUAAUACUUUGCAGCAUCUUAAAAGGUAUGCUAACAUUUAACGGGAGCUUUUGAGCUAAUUUUGGAUUUGAAAACUUGGCGUCAUCUUAAAAGUAUGCUAGCUUUUGAGCUAAUGUAUGUUUGAACCUACAAAUCAUGGAUUUUGAUACUUGGUGCCAUCUUAAAAGUAUGCUGACGUUUAAUGCUAGCUUUUUAAAUAAUUUUGAGUGUUUAAACCUACAAAUCAUGGAUGUUUAAUACUUAGCGGCAUUUUAAAAGUAUGCAAACUUUUAAUAAGAGCUAUUGGGCUAAUUUUGAAUGUUUAAACCUACAAAUCAUGGCUUUUGAUACUUGGCGCCAUCUAAUACUUUGCGGCAUCUUAAAAGUAUGCUAACGUUUAAUGCUAGCUUUUGAGCUAAUUUUGAAUGUUUAAACAUACAAAUCAUGGCUUUUGAUACUUGGCGCCAUCUUAAAGUAUGCUAGCUUUUGAGGUAAUUUUGAAUGUUUAAACCGACAAAACCAUGGAUUUUUAAUACUUUGCAGCAUCUUAAAAAGGUAUGCUAACAUUUAACGGGAGCUUUUGAGCUAAUUUUGGAUUUGAAAACUUGGCGUCAUCUUAAAAGUAUGCUAGCUUUUGAGCUAAUGUAUGUUUGAACCUACAAAUCAUGGAUUUUGAUACUUGGUGCCAUCUUAAAAGUAUGCUGACGUUUAAUGCUAGCUUUUUAAAUAAUUUUGAGUGUUUAAACCUACAAAUCAUGGAUGUUUAAUACUUAGCGGCAUUUUAAAAGUAUGCAAACUUUUAAUAAGAGCUAUUGGGCUAAUUUUGAAUGUUUAAACCUACAAAUCAUGGCUUUUGAUACUUGGCGCCAUCUAAUACUUUGCGGCAUCUUAAAAGUAUGCUAACGUUUAAUGCUAGCUUUUGAGCUAAUUUUGAAUGUUUAAACAUACAAAUCAUGGCUUUUGAUACUUGGCGCCAUCUUAAAGUAUGCUAGCUUUUGAGGUAAUUUUGAAUGUUUAAACCGACAAAACCAUGGAUUUUUAAUACUUUGCAGCAUCUUAAAAAGGUAUGCUAACAUUUAACGGGAGCUUUUGAGCUAAUUUUGGAUUUGAAAACUUGGCGUCAUCUUAAAAGUAUGCUAGCUUUUGAGCUAAUGUAUGUUUGAACCUACAAAUCAUGGAUUUUGAUACUUGGUGCCAUCUUAAAAGUAUGCUGACGUUUAAUGCUAGCUUUUUAAAUAAUUUUGAGUGUUUAAACCUACAAAUCAUGGAUGUUUAAUACUUAGCGGCAUUUUAAAAGUAUGCAAACUUUUAAUAAGAGCUAUUGGGCUAAUUUUGAAUGUUUAAACCUACAAAUCAUGGCUUUUGAUACUUGGCGCCAUCUUAAAAGUAUGCCGGUCUCGAUGGAUCCCAGGCCGCAGACCGCAGGCCCAUAAAAAUGUUUGUGGGAAUUUUCUAGUUGUAAUAUUAUAGCAACAACAACAACAAUAAAUUGACCAGAUUCAUAUUUUUCAUCACACAUUCAUUUUAGACCAAAACUAUUUAGUUUGCAGGUCUGAUGUAGUGACUUUUUGCAGCCAGCAGAUGGCGGCGUGACGACACACCACGUAAAUGGGGUAUCAUUGUACCGCUGGCUCAGGACUGACAAGCACAGUUCUGCCUUGGGUUAACGUCGACGGGCUUUUAGGCAGACGUCAACAUAAACUGUUUCCCUGGUCUGUUUUGUGUUGUCGGUGAAAAGUUGCAGCCUGUGAACGUUCAUGAUUCUCUGUACUCUUAUUGCAUGUUUACAUCUCAUCUUUGUCCCAUUCCAUGUCUGACUAUUGGAACUUCUCUGGAUCAGAUCCACUUGCAGUUCUCACUGUCUGAGUUCCGCAUGUUCCUCAUCAAGUACCAAAGCUUUUUUUCUUUUGGGGCUUUCGGGCUGGAAACAAAAUGCUGAGACAAUCAAAUAUUCAACGAGUUGUUUUCCCAAUCAUGCUGUAAAAGUGGGGACAUUUGGGUCCAACUUGCUGGCUGAAAUGCAGUUCAUGUCCUGUGGUUUACAAUAAAAACUAUUUGGGAAGUUGAAA